AUGGAGGGCGCGCUCGACCCCGAAACACUCUACACAAAGCAGAAUUGCAUCGGUGGAGGCAGUUUUGGGAGGGUAUACAAGGGAGUCGACAAGCGGACCGGUCAGUCGGUCGCGAUCAAGAUCAUCGACGUUGAAAAUGCAGACGACGAAGUCGAAGAUAUCAUACAGGAGAUAUCAAUCUUAUCGGAGCUCAAUUCGCCCUACGUCACCAAGUAUCAUGGCUCGUUCCUCAAGGGAUCCGAUCUAUGGAUCAUAAUGGAGUUUUGUUCAGGGGGCAGCUGUUCAGAUCUCAUGCGUGCUGGCCGCAUAUCGGAGGAAUAUAUCAUGAUUAUUCUUAGAGAACUGCUUUUAGGGCUGGAUUAUCUGCAUAACGAUAAUAAACUACACCGCGAUGUCAAAGCGGCAAACGUAUUACUUACGGCCAGUGGACAGGUCAAGCUGGCUGACUUUGGUGUGUCCGGUCAGCUAUCAGCUACGAUGACCAAGAAGAAUACCUUUGUUGGAACACCCUUCUGGAUGGCCCCGGAGGUUAUCAAACAGUCGGGUUACGACCACAAAGCUGACAUAUGGUCAUUGGGCAUCACGGCAAUAGAACUAGCCAUGGGCGAGCCGCCGCUUUCAGACAUCCAUCCCAUGAAAGUCCUAUUUCUCAUUCCAAAGAACGCACCACCUACUCUCCAGGGCGCCUUUAGCAAACCGUUCAAGGACUUUGUCGACCUCUGUCUACGGCGUGACCCCAGAGAGCGGCCCACUGCAAAGGAGCUAUUGAGACACCCAUUUGUUAAACGUGCGAAGAAAACGACGUAUCUGACUGAGCUCAUAGAGCGGUACGAACGAUGGUUCGCAAAAAAUGGAAACCGGCUACCGGACGAUGAAGAAGAUGAUGUGUACCGCCAGCAGGAGCAGUAUCAGCCUCCCGUAGCUGCAGGAGAUGAUGACCUAUGGGAUUUUGGCACCGUACGUCCUGCUGGAGGAAAUAGGGCUGCUGGAUUGCGUGCUAUGAAUGAGGCUGCAGCAAAUUCAAGAGCACAAGCUCCCAAUGUGCACAGCAGAACCCAGUCAAAUAGCAGCUGUCUUCCGAAUCUCCAGGAGAAUAUCCCCAGGAAAUCAUCGAAAGAGACUGUCAAGAGCCCGCCAUCACCGCAGAGACGGAAUUUUCCAUCAGCAACACCCCCGGCGACUCCGGGCAGUCAUGUACCACGAGCCCCUCUGCCAACGCCCCAGCACCCUCAGACACAGACGCCGCGGCAACCAGCCUACCACGACCAGGUGAAGACGCCUACAGCUCUCGGGAAACCUCAUCCUGUUUUACCACAACAGGAAGAGGAAAGCCCGAAUACCCAUGAUUAUGACAAAGCCCUACAACGGUCGCUGGCCCAGGACCUUAACUUCCUGAAGUUGGCAGAGUCUCCUAACAGCACACCUACGCAGCCUCGCCCAAAGCCACCUGCCCCCGAACCAAUACAUAGGAAGCCAGCUCCGAUGCAAAUACCUGAAAUACCACCAUUCAAGGGGCAAUCUAGAUCGUCAACGCCUUCCAAGCCCCCGGGACAAUACCCUCUCCCUCCUCUCUCAGCCCAUCCGUCAUCCACUCCUUCGUCCCACCUCCAUCAUCAGCCACAACCACAGCAAUAUCCGGCUACUCGCCCUCAACCUCUUCCGCCAGCCCCAGAACGUACCUCAACACAUCGCAAAUCCCGCGAUUCUCUGGACUCCAUCUCUUCCCAGUCAACCGUUCAUUUCUCCUCACAGGACCAGCCCAACCCUGACGAACCUAUUACCGCGCUCAAUGGAGUGAUACUUCCCGCUCUUGAAGCUGCUCUCCACCGCCGCACAUACGCUCUCAACUCCAUGUGUCGAGUUCAACCGGGCACCCCAGCUAGCCAGCGCCCAUCGACAGAGCAAAUACAACGCCAAGCAUACGCGCAUGAAAAGCUCAAGAGGCUUGUAGUAAAGGCUGCCGGCAUAUUCAAAGAGAUCGAACGAUGGGACACUGAAGCGCCUCUAGCUAUGGGCGGGGAUAUAAAUGCUUUCCUUGAAGGAUUUCUGGAAGAAGUUCUCGUUCGUGUCGAGCCCGAGGAAGACCCAGGAGAGUGA